AUGAGGUUCAACUUUGUCCACAAAAGGCCGAUACGGAGCGGCCAAAGUGUGUUCUGGGCUCGUGGAUGUCGACGUGGCUCACCAAGCCCGGAGGCACUGCCAGGUAAUAAACAAUACCAAGCCGGUAUAGUAUCGGGAAAAUGCGGCGUGAGGCUGGAGAUUAUAUUAGAAAAGAAGGAUGUAUGCAAAGGGGAUAUCAGAAAGGCAGAAAUGCAAGAAUGGGAAGCCCUAGCCAAAGCCUCGCUUAGGCCAGCUUUGGGGAGCUUCGGGAUCCCUUCUCGACUAGUCAUGUUCCUUGAUCUAAUAGAGGUACUGAACGUUGUCUCGUUGCAAGGGGGCGACGGCUUCAAGCUCCCACAGGCCACAGUGAAAGUGCUGUUGAGUCCAGUUCAAGCUGUAGCAGAGGAUGACGCCGGGCUGUCUGGUAGGACUUCUACGAAUAUAUAA